AAGUAUAUAUUAUUUCCCCCAAAACAUUUAUGAGCUUUAAGCAAUUAUGAUAUCAAAGCCAUGAUUAUUUCCCUCCCAAAAGAGAAAAAGAAAAAUAAAAAAGGCUACAGAAAGGCCAAAGAAGCUUCUUUUCUGCAUCAACAAAAACCAGACCUCUCUUUUUUGAGGCACAAGAACAACUCUCUCUCCCUCUCUACAAACUCAUCCUCCUCCUCUAGCUCUCUCUUGCUCACUCUCUGAAACAAUUAAUUCGCCAAAAUUCCACAAUUUAUUGUGCCACUCUCACAAAUUUGAGGGGAAAUUUUGAUGUCUAUACCUCAAGAGCAUGACUACAUAGGGCUGUCGGAGCCCCUGCCCUCGGAGAAAAGCUCUGAUAAAAUGGCGGCGGCGCCGUCUCCUUCCUCGAAUGACGAGAGAAAUAGUGUUUUCAAUCUUAAGGAGACCGAGCUCCGGCUGGGAUUGCCGGGGUCGGAGGCGCCGGAGAGGAAGGGCGGAAUUGGAAUUGGGGUUUCUCUCUUUGGGAAAGAUUUGAAGGAUGAGAGCAAGUGCGUGAAAAGUUUCGUUUCGGGGGCGAAGAGGGGGUUCUCUGAUGCUAUAAAUGGUGCUGGAAAAUGGGGAUUGUCCAUUAAUGGCGAAUCUGGGGCUGAUUUGAUGAAAAACGGCGGCCUCAACUGUUCGAAUGAGAGCUCCGUGAAGCAGGAGAUUCCUUCUGUGAAGCCUGUUGCGGAGAGUAAGAGUGAAGCUGCCAACACUGCCCCUGCUUCAAAGGCACAAGUAGUAGGAUGGCCACCAAUUCCAUCUUUUCGAAAGAGCACCCUUGCCACAAAUAUACCCAAGAAGGAUGAUGUUGGUGGGAAGUCGGGGUCGGGCUGCCUAUACGUUAAGGUCAGCAUGGAUGGUGCUCCAUACUUGAGGAAGAUCGAUCUCAAAACUUACUGCAGCUAUGCAGAGAUUUCGUCUGCUCUAGAGAAGAUGUUUAGCUGUUUCACCAUAGGACAAUGUGGGCAGGGGCUAGCAGCGAAAGAGCAUCUUAGCGAGAGCCACUUGAUGGAUCUCCUCCACGGCUCUGAAUACGUGCUGACGUAUGAAGAUAAGGAUGGUGAUUGGAUGCUUGUUGGUGAUGUUCCGUGGGAGAUGUUCACGGAUUCAUGCAGGAGGCUGAGGAUCAUGAAAGGCUCCGAUGCAAUUGGGUUAGGUAUGGCCGAUGACUUUCUCAAACGUGUGAAAGCAUCAUCUUACAGAAUUGAAAUAUGCAUAUAUUGAUUAUCUCUCAAUUGUGCUUGUGCAGCUCCAAGAACCAUGCAGAAGUGCAAGACUCAAAAUUAGGGCAGAGAGCAAUGACAAAAAAGUGAAAAUAUCGGAAUUUCUAAGGGUUUUCUCUCUCUUUUUUCCCCUCCGCUUUAACCUUACCUUAUUAAUAGAUUUGUAGUGUGUCAUGAAUGGAAGUGCUGCGGACUAUAAAUUGGAGACCAUCCAAAUAUUUUGCCACUAAUGUGUACCACUUGUGUCUGUUUUUCCAAAAUUGUAUGUAAAUUAAGUCUUCUUAAAUUCCAAGUGAUUUUAUCUCUUUA